CCGUAUGGGUAAGCUGCAGUAUUGCUGUGAGAUAGGAGUGUGACGUCUUUGCCUAUUUAAUCUCAGAGUCUAUACAAGACAGGAGAUAGAAGCACAAUCCUCUAUUGACAAACAAAAUAUUAUUUUGCAUAGUGUGGGCUGUAGCAUUUACUUUUAAAUUGUUUGAAUAAUUGAAUAACAAUCAAUCAUGCACAAUGCGCGGCCAGUGUUGGAGAAAUGCAGAAAACCGCUCAUCUGUAGCCCAAACCGUUCAAAACUAAAGACCGGGGCUGUAAAUCAAGCUGCUUCACAUACACCUAAAAUAACUUUGCGGGACUGGGGUUGGGUUCAGGACCAGUUCUUGCGGGAGCAGGUGGGAGUCGGACAAGAAGUCAGCGGGAGCGGGUGGACGCGGUCGAGUACGGCUCAGCGGAAGGUGCGUUCCCGGGAUGCGGCGCGCUGCAGGCGGAGUCUGGAGACGGAGCUGUUCUACGAGCUGGCCCACACCCUGCCCCUCCCCCGCAGAGUCUCCGCCGACCUGGACAAGGCCGCCAUCAUGAGGGUGACGCUCAGCUUCCUUCGCAUGCACCACCUCCGCUCAGCAGGGGAUACGAGUGAGGAGCGCGUCACAGAUGGGGACGAGGACACGAUGGAUGGGUUCUACCCCCGGGCGUUGGCAGGCUUCAUCAUGGUGAUGACAGAGGAGGGGGAUAUGAUUUACCUGGGUGACAGCGUCGACAAACACCUGGGCAUCCAACAGCUGGAGCUGCUGGGCCAGAGUGUGUAUGACUUUGUCCACCCAUGUGACCAAGAGGAGCUACGGGAUCUCCUGGUGCCUAGGCCAGGUGUAUUCAAGAAGAAACCAGUGCAGCAACACACAGAGAUGACCUUCUUUCUCAGGAUGAAGAGCACUCUGACUGUUAGAGGGCGCACUGUCAACAUAAAGUCUGCCACCUGGAAGGUGCUGCACUGUACAGGCCACAUGCGUGUGUGCUGCAGUGACGAGGACUCGUCACCUCCUGCAGGCAGCUUCAUGACGGUGCUGUGUGAGCCCAUCCCCCACCCGUCCAGUGUGGAGUUCCCUCUGGACCGCAGUACCUUCCUCACUCGACACAGCAUGGACCUGCGCUUCACACACUGCGAGGGCAGGGUGGCAGAGCUAGUGGGAUAUGAGCCAGAAGAUCUGAUUGGCAAAUCUGCCUACGAAUUCCAUCAUGCCCUGGACUCGGAUCAUGUGACCAAGAGCCUGCACAUCCUUCUGUCUAAAGGCCAGGUGUGCACCAGCCAAUACCGUUUCCUGGCUAAGAGUGGGGGCUUUGUGUGGGCAGAGACCCAGGCUACAGUCAUCUACAACAACAAGACCUCUCAACCAGAGGCUGUGGUCUGUCUUAACUUUAUCCUCAGUGUGGUGGAGCAGGCAGAUGUGGUGUUCUCAGUAGAGCAGACUGGCUGUGGGCUGAAGAGUGAUCCUGUCUCUGAGGCCUCAGAGGAGACCUUGUGUGACAGUGACAACAGCAGCAGUGGAGAGCUCUUCCAACAGCUGAAGGAGAACCCAGAGGACCUCCUCCAACUGGCCCCUGUCUCAGGAGACCCCAUCGUACCCGUCACAGACUUUGCGGAGCUGUCGUUCAGCCUUCCAUCAAGCCCUGACUCCGCCCCAGUUUUCCCACAGGACCUGUGCACCCCCGAGCUGUGGACGCUCCUGUCACCCAUAUUCGACAAGUCCACCUCAUCACCAACACCAGCACUGAUCCCCAUUGAGGAGCUGCCAAUAGAGGAUGAGGUGGAGAAGUUGUUUGCCGUCUGUCCAGAAGAGGUCGUGCAGAAGGAAGACCAGCCUGAGGACAUGGAAGUGGUUGAUCUGGACAUGCUGGCUCCGUAUAUCUCCAUGGAUGAUGAUUUCCUGCUCAGCGUCCAGCUCCCUGAGCCCCCUGACAGCCCCUCCCCAGAGCCCCCCACUGCUACCAGGAAACGGAGCCAUGAGCAGGAUGAAGACAUGCCCUCCCAGCUGAUGAGUCAGGACAAGAGACUGAGACACUCGGUGUCUCCCAUCGAGCAGGAACUGCUUCUCAGCUACACCCUACUGGACUGCCUGGAGGAUAUAGACAGCCCAGAGUUGGAGCUGGGGCCACACACCCGCAGGCGGAGUCAACUGCUGACGGACAGGGACCCCAUCCUCGGGGAAGCCCAGGGACAAUGUGACACUGCAGCCUUGAUGAGGGACCUCUUCUUGUGCCGCCCACCUGACCCCCUGACCUCCUCUCUGACUUGAGGAAGCAGCUGCCAAUCAUCCCCUGCCAGCUGCGGAGUUCUGAGAUCAUGGCGCCUCAACAGGAUUCACACACUCCCCAACCAGACGCGCGCAUUCUCUCUGCCAGCGCCUCCAACUCAGACUUCGUCACGCUGGCCAGCUAUGUCCACAACAACAACAGCCUACUAUGGUUUUCUGCAAGGAUGCCUGUAGCUUAAGAAACCUUGUUCCUCCUCUUCUCCCCACUUUGUAUUUCUCAUGUUCUAGGGGGCAGGUGGCAGUACUAGGUUUAGCCCCCCCUCCCCUCUCAUUCAGGGUUGAUAAAAGUGUUCUCCUCAGUUCUUGCGAACACUUGUAGACUUUAGUCUAAACACUACACUUGACCCAAUGGUGCUUCCGAGGUCAGAACAGACUCAAAAAACACACGCACAAAUCAAGCUUAAGACACACACGUCCAGUAAAUCUGAGAGUGGUGUUUUAGGACACAGCGACGACCCUUCAGUUGGUCUACUGUUCUUCAGUACGGUAUGUGGACCUUUGGGUUUAUUAUUAUGAUAUUAUUUUGUAACAAACGCACAACGGUUGUAAGAUAUUCCAAUAUUACCUCAGAACGAUCGUCUAUGGGUCAUUUUUAUAAGGAAGGAUCAAAUGAAUUACUAACAUCCUAAGCCAUUGCUAUUGACCAGUUGGAUGCAGUACUCAGGCAGUUGUUGCCUCAACAGAUGAGCUGUAUGUCAAGUACUCGACUGCCAUCUCUUUCCAACCAAACAGGCAAAUUAUUUCAGUGGCAUCUUUUUACUUAGUAUUUUAUAUACUUUACAUGCUAGACUUUAGAAAGAAAAAAAACAUGUAUUAAAUGAAUGUUUUGUAUGCUCGCUUAUGGACUAUUAUUGUAUAAACCGCAGUGUUUUCGUUGCUUUUAUCAUGUAUUUCUAGGUGGUGCAAGAUCUUGUCAUAUUCAAGCAGUAAUUAUUUCUUUUCGGAAUAUGGUUGCUGUUUUGCAAAUUCAGUGGAUAAAAUAUCUGAUAUAC